AAUUAAUUAAGGCUCCCAGGAAAAGAAAAAACCGAAAAGCAAAGCAGCUGAAUCUGCCUUCGACAAGCAUAAUAAACUCGAAAAGGAUCAUCUUUUCUGCAAAGGGUGAAGAAAUUAUUUUCCCUUAAUGACUGCAAGAGAAGGCUAAUUUAUUCGGGGGAUGCUUGAGUGUUAGUGUUUUCGCAGAGUUUUUGAUUUUUAAUUUGGUCACAACUGAUGUGGCCAUUGUAUCUUCUAUUAAACAAAAUUCUUAAUAUACAAGAUUUAGUAGUAGAAGAAGGAAAACCAGAUGGUUUGGUUCAGCCAUCGUCAUCGUCCAGUAGUAGAAAAUGUGAAGAUGCUGCUGCUGUCUUGCCCUGCUCACAUUUUGUUCAAGUACCGCAUAUAAAGCAGCUUCACUCUUGGGAUUGUGGCCUUGCUUCUGUUUUGAUGGCUUUGAAUACAAUUGGUAUCAAUAAUUGCAGCAUCCAGGGCUUGGCGGACUUAUGCUGCACUAGUAGCAUUUGGACGGUGGAUCUGGCAUAUUUACUGCAGAAGUAUUCUGUUAGUUUUUCCUUCUACACGGUAACACUUGGAGCAAAUCCAAAUUAUUCAGUUGAGACAUUUUACAAGGAACAAUUGCCUGAAGAUCUAGUUCGAGUGGAUAUGUUAUUUCAAAAGGCACGAGGAGAAGGCAUUAAUAUACAGUGCAGGUCGAUCAAUGAAACGGAAAUUUCUCUUUUCAUAUUGUCGGGGAAAUAUAUUGCAAUUGCAUUGGUUAACCAGUACAAAUUGAGUCACUCUUGGUUGGAGAAUGCUAUUCUACCAGGCUUAAAUGGUGGCAACUCAGGCUAUGCUGGUCAUUACAUUGUGAUAUGUGGCUAUGAUACUGGCACGGAUGAGUUUGAGAUUCGAGAUCCUGCCGCUUCUAGAAAACAUGAGAGAAUGUCGUCAAGAUGCCUUGAAGAAGCACGGAAAUCCUUUGGCACCGAUGAAGAUCUCCUUCUGAUAUCUCUGGAGAACGCGACAAGUGAAAGAGCUCGUUAGAGCAAUUUUUCUUCUCUUUGACGAAUUUCCUUGCUUCAGAUGGGCUAGCCAUGUAUAUUAUUAUACGUGUGUAUAAUACGUGCAUAAAGGAACUGAUAGUUUGCCCUCGAUUGCUUGUAUUUGUUCAUAAAUAUAUUUCAAGCCAUGUAUAUUAUUCUUUUAUGCUUGAUUAAAUAGAUAAUAAGUAGAUUUCUUUUCCAUGUAAUUGAAAUGUAAUAUCAUAUUGGAGCAGACUCUAAACAAGUUUAUGCACUCGAAACUUUUUGCCA